CGUCAGGCACACCGGAAGUUUAGACCGUUGCUCCGGGUGAACGAAGUGCAUAUUGACAACCUCACUUCAAAUCGAAUAUAUUACUCACCCCCUCGGUACCCCAUUCCCUCGCCCAUGGCGUUCAGUUCUCAUAUCGAUGUUGAAGGUGCGACACAGCAUCUCCGAGACAUUUUGAAGCUUGACCGCCCCAGUUCCAGUACUGAUGCACAAUCAGGUGAUGGUCAGAGAAGGAUGUCCUUUAAUGGAGAGCUGAACGGGCUAUUGGGAACAGCAGGUCUUCUCGGAGGGGGGGAUUUGUCAGCCAUGUCCGACUCCACCAGACCCAUCUCCACAGACCACAUCAGCGCCGCUCAGGAUACCCAGAUAAUCCUCCUUUCUGGUGAUGAUCGAUCAACCUGUAUCGCCAUCACCUCAGACAACGUGGAGAUUGUGGCGAGUCAGGACUCCAGCAUCGAUAGCAAGGCUCGAGGUAGCAACAUGGUGAAAAUCCAGCCUGUUGCCAAAUAUGACUGGGAGCACAAGUAUCAUUAUGGAAGACUCAUUGCUGUGUCAAAUUCCUUCAUGGCCUAUGCAAUUAGAGGAGCCAACAACCAGGCAAUGAUACGGGUAUUGAGUGUGGGCACUGCAGAACGUUCCCUACUGAAAGGCUUCACUGGUGCGGUCACAGAUCUGGCUUUCGCCCACCUCGACUCCUCUAUGUUGGGUUGUGUCGAUGAAGCUGGCAACCUGAUGGUUUGGCAGCUCACAUGUACCGGAAGUACAAUACUAGAUCAGAUAGUGAUUCAUAUCCGAAGGCCGCAGGACACUCCGCUGAACUCGCAUCGCCGUCUCAUCUGGUGCCCUUUCAUCCCGGAUGAUAAUGAGGACAACAACCAGGAUGACGCCAACCAGACCUUGGCCCUUCUACAUGAAGACAGGGCUGAAGUGUGGGACCUUGAAGUCUUGAGGGCCAACAAUGUCAGUUGGCCUGUCGAUGCCACAGAUUUGAAAGAAGGCCUCAUCACAGUGAGGGGUUACACUCAGCGUGUCAGUGAAGGGGCCCUAUCUCCAGAUGGAACUGUGUUAGCCACAGCCAGCCAUGAUGGAUGCAUCAAGUUCUGGCAGAUAUACAUAGAAGGUGGUCAGGACAAGCCAAGAUGUCUGCAUGAAUUGCGUCCUCAUGGGGGACGUCCCCUUUCCUGCCUUCUUUUCUGUGACAACCAUAAGAGGCAGGACCCCGAUGUCCCAUUCUGGAGGUUUCUCAUAACCGGAGCAGAUCAGAACCAAGAAUUAAAAAUGUGGUGCACCGUUUCCUGGACCUGUUUGCAAACAAUCAGAUUCUCUCCAGAUCCAGUGAACUCAACAGUUCUGCCUAGUUUGAAGGCAAGCCUGGAUCUUUCUGCGGAGUAUCUCAUCCUUACUGAUGUACAGAGGAAGGUUCUCUAUGUGAUGGAGCUGAGACAAGACCUGGAAAAGGGCAAAGCAAGUUUCACAGCUGUAUCAGAGUUUCUAUUGACGCAUCCUGUUCUAAGUUUUGGAGUUCAAGAUGUUACCCAAAGCCGUUUGCGACACACUGAAGUUCUUCCCCCGGAGGAGGAGAGUGAGAGCACAACUACAGAGGGGACUCAGGGCCCAACAGAGUCCAAAUCCGGCAUCCAGAUUAAACUCUACUGUGUCCACACUAAGAGUCUGCAGGAUGUUCAGAUCUGGUUCCAGCCUACUGUGGGGUCCAGUUCAAAUUUCCUGUCCCAUUCUGAUGCUCCAGAUGGUUUUGGGUUUGCAGACCAUCUGACGGACCAGAGUUCUGACAAGGACUCGGGGAGUGGUUCACAGACAGAUCUAAGCAACAUGCCCUCACUUUCUGCCCCUGUUGAUUUCCUGUCAAAUACAACCAAUGGAAAUGGGUCAAUGCCGAAGUUGAUGACUCCUGAUGCCUUCAUGACACCAAGCACAUCGGUACCUGCAUCUCCUGGCAGUAGCGCCAGCAGUCUGACAUUAGUAACGGCAAUCAGCAGCAACUCAACAGACUCAACCAAUAGAACUUCAGAUGACAUUAGUCAGAGUCCCAACAGAGCAGAUAAUAGUAAUAAUUUGGCACUCCCUGCUUCCACUAGCAGUCCAAGACCACCUUCUUCUGUCAUGCCUGGACUGGAGAACCUCCAGGCACUGGCAUCCCCCAGCGCUCCAAUCGGGAUUGACAGUCCGCAGGUUCUAGAUUCUCCACUCUUGCCCCCACUUGCCUCCCCGACCAGAGCCCGUUCCCCUGACGUUAUCUCGUCAGCCUCCACCGUCAUGUCCCAAGACAUACCGGAGAUUGCAUCCCAGACCUUACAGCUUCAGCAUGGUCUCGUGUCCACUUUGGACUCCUUACCUAUGUCUGCUCUACAAACUGAUAGCAUGACGUCUGCUGCCUCUGCUCUACAUUUGCUUACUUCAUCCCGAUCAGCCAACAGCAACAGCCUGUUGCCUCUUGAGCUCGGACGCGUAGAUGGACCCGUCACCCAUCCCCAAACCCCAUCUCUACUGGAGACGGUCUUAUCGCAGGAAAAUUCUGCACUGGGAGGAGGAUCUGCAGACAGCAGCAUGAGCCAUACUUCUUGGCCUGCUGCUCCUGACAUCACCAGAGAAACCAGGAAUAGGGACAAUAGUCUCGGAGACUGCUCUAGGGAUGAAUCAAAGGACAGACUGCUGAGUUCACCCUAUGCAUGCCGGUCGUAUCACCUCACACAGAAUGAAAGCCAGGACCCUGGUGCCGAACAGAGUGUUGGAUUCAGUGACCCUGAUGAUGAGGUGACUGGCUCGGCAUCUUCCUCGGCAAAUUCCGCCACUCGCUCCUCUCAUAGACUACCGGUCAAAGACUGGAAGACCUCACCAAGAGGCUCGCCAAAGCUCAAGAGGAAGACCAAAAAAGAUCACGGUGAAUUACCUCAAUCAAGACAAUUGGACUCUGGCCAGGUCAACGCAGAUGUGCAACAGGAACUGUUGAUGUUCCUCCGAGGCCAACAGAGGGAGUUAGUUGAACUACGUGGACAAGUUGAGGCCAUGGAGAGCUUCAUAAUGGCCCAAGUCGACUACGCUUUGAGCAAACAUCAAGAACAAGAAGAGUGCCGACUAGAGCGAGUUCUGGCAGAGAUACGGACUCAGCAGCAGCAUCAGGAACAACUCAGCCAAGAGCUGAGCCAUACCCUCUGCUCUUCCGUAACAAACAGGAUGGACAAAGUGCUUCGAGAGGAGAUGAAGAAAACUGUCCCUCCAACCAUUUCAAAGAGUCUGGAGCCAGUGACCUCUCAGCUGAGCAACUCUAUUUCCGCUAAACUGACUUCUGUAGAGCUCAUCCUGAAGGACAACGUCGGCAAGGUUGUCAAAUCAAAGAACACAACAGAUGCAAUUGGCAGAGCAGCAGCGGAAGCAAUGCAAGGUCCUAUCCAGGCUGCCUACAAAGAUGCCUUCCAGAGCAUCGUGCUGCCUGUUUUUGAGAGAGGCUGUCAGUCCAUGUUUCAGCAAAUUAAUGACAGUUUCAAGCAAGGAACACACGAAUAUAUACAGCAACUCGAGGCCCAUGCGAAGAGCAGGAAGCAGAGGGAGACGGAUAUACGAGACCCUGUGAUUGACCAACUGCAGCAGAUGAUGGACAGCUUCCAAAGCUCCACUGACCAGCUGGCCAAUAGCAUCACAGCUAACCUCCGGGCUGAGAUCCAACAUCAAAUCCAAAUGAUGGCAGGAAACUUUCAGGAGUCUAUUCUUGGUCACGUACAGCGUAUUGUCAAAGGGGAGGUGAGCCUGGCGAUGAAGGAGCAGCAGGCGGUGGUCACCUCCAGCAUUAUGCAGGCAAUGAGGUCAGCGGCCGGCACCCCCGUCCCCACAGCGCAUCUAGACUACCAGACACAGCAAGCUGCCAUCCUGCAGCUCCUACAGCAGGGACACCUCAACCAGGCUUUCCAGCAGGCUCUGUCGGCAACAGAUCUGAACUUGGUCUUGUAUGUGUGUGAGACCAUCGACUCUCAGCAGGUGUUUGGGCAAAACCCGUGCCCUCUCAGCCAGCCUGUGCUGCUGUCACUCAUCCAACAGCUCUCCUCCAACCUCACCACUCGCUCCGAGCUCAAAAUCAGUUACCUGGAGGACGCCCUGAUGAAUCUGGACCACAGUGACCCCCGGAUAAGAGAUCACAUGGCUUCCAUGCUGACCCAGGUCAGAUCGCAGCUCUUUGCCUUCCUGCAGCAGGACCCCCACAACCCUCUAACCAGGAGGGCACGGCGCCUAAUGAUGAUGCUGCAAGGACUCGUCAACCACUAGUCAACAACUAGUCCUUCACAAACCAGAUGCUCCGUCUUAGAGGAACUCAUACUGACUCUAUGUUUUCUUAUGUCUCCACAAAUGGAGUACUUGAUUAUUUGUAAAAUUCAAAGACAACUUUUUUUUUUACUAACCAACCCCCCCCCUCGCCCUUGGUGAGAUAUGACAGUUGACGGUGUUGUUGGUGAUGCACCUAAGCAUAAGAGCUACAGGAACUGAACAGCAUGGAGGUACUUGAAUGCUCGAUGGGUAGAAUAGGCAGUGGGUCCUCAGGGUGGGGAUUUGGGCAGGGGGGUGCAGGGUAUCGGCACCACAAGAUUGUCCUGCUUUCAUUUUGCUCCUAUUCGUUCUACUCAAAUGUCAAAUGUAGGAUUAUUCAUUCAUUCAUUCUCUUGAUUUCCCAUCUCUAGUAUAAAAUUAUGGGCUGGUCUGAUUGGGCCAUUUUUCCAGGCAGAUUUUUUUCAAGUGGACAGUC